GUUUAUUGUGAAUACGGUCUUAAAAGAUCUACAACCGUGUUGUGGUACAUCGUUUAUGAAAAUCUAUAAUUAUGAAUUAUUUUGUCAGAGUAUCAUAAUCUGUUUUUAUAUUUUAAUAUAACAAUUUCUAAUAGUUUUCUUAGGUUUUAUUAAUUUUAAUUUUUGAAAAUGGCAUUGCAAACUUUUUUUAAGUUUUCUCGUGGUUCAACCAACCAAAUAACUGGGUGUACUGUACACUUCCCACUAUUUAAUGAUAUCCGAGGCCUUAAGUACUUCAAACCUCCGAUAACAUAUGAUCACAUUCAGAUGCCUGAAAGACCUAAACUCCAUUACAUUGAUAGGGUACCAAAUUAUUCUAAUAGCAAUAUUAGACCUCCAAAAAUGCAUAAAAUGUUGGGUUUAAUGAGAGGGCCUGAAUUAGUCCACAAUAAACUUAUUCAUAAACAGUAUGGUAUCCAGGCAACUGGGGGAGGCCAAAUGAGAUUUAUACAUUUUGAAAUUAUUCGUAUGGGAUUAUUAAAAAAAUUAGAUUGGUCUAGAAUGUUUGCUAUUUGGAGAAUUGAUUCACCAUGGCAAGCUGUCACUAAAAAGGGUCAAGGACAGCGGAUGGGUGGUGGAAAAGGUAGUAUUGAUCAUUACAUAACUCCCAUAAGAUCUGGCAGAAUUAUAAUUGAAGUUGCAGGUCAUUGUGAAUACAUAGAAGUAAAAGACAUUUUAAGUAAAAUUGCAGCUAAACUCCCAUUUGAAGCUAAAGCUGUCAGCCAAGAUAUUUUGAAUUUCGAUGAAGCCAAAAAAAAAUGGCAGGAAGAAAACAAUAAAAACCCUUAUACUAUGGAAUAUUUAAUUAAAAAUAACAUGGAUGAUUUACAACGAAAAAUUAAAAGAAUUGACCAUUUCUUUUUUGGAAAAUAUGUAUAA